UUAGCCGAUUUCAGUUUUUUUUUUUUUUCUCCUCUUUCUCUUUCUCUUUUUCCCCCCGAAAAACUAAACAUAUUUAUUUUGCCUUUCGCUUUCUCUUUCAACUUACGCUCUUUUCCCUCCCAAAACUAGGUUUCCGCCUCUAAAAUGGUCGCCGAUAAGCCUAAAAAAUCCAAGCCCGCCGACAAACUUGACGCCGACGAACCUGACCACAUUGACGUCGAGCUUGUCCAUUUCAUCGAGAAGUUACAGGAGGUUCAAGACGAACUCGAGAAGGUUAAUGAAGAAGCAGGUGACAAAGUUUUGGAAGUUGAACAGAAAUAUAAUGAGAUAAGGCGGCCUGUCUAUUUGAAACGGAAUGAAGUUAUCAAAACUAUUCCAGACUUUUGGUUAACUGCUUUCUUGAGUCAUCCUGCACUUUGUGAUCUCUUGACUGAAGAAGAUCAGAAGAUCUUUAGGCAUUUAGAUUCUCUUGGAGUGGAGGAUCAAAAGGAUGUAAAGAUGGGCUAUUCCAUCAUGUUUAGUUUCAAUGAGAAUCCUUAUUUUGAAGAUAGAAAGCUAGAGAAGACAUAUACAUUCUUUGAAGAUGGAGCAAUUAAAAUUACUGGAACAACAAUCAAGUGGAAGGAUGGCUCGGGUGCCUCAAACGGAGUUAAUGGUGAGAAGAAAGGGAAGAAACGACCGCUGACUGAAGACAGCUUCUUCAGUUGGUUUGGUGAAACCGAUCAAAAGGAUAUCACUGAGCUUCAUGAUGAAGUAGCUGAGAUAAUAAAAGAGGACCUAUGGCCCAAUCCUUUGAAAUAUUUCAACAAUGAUAUUGAUGAAGACGAAGAGGACUCUGAUGGGGAAGAUGAUGAGGAGAAUGGAGACGAAGACGACGACGAAGGCGAAGAGUGAAACAUAGAGGACAAACCCAUUUUAGACACCCCUGCUUAGGUACCUUUUUUGCCUCAUUAUUACGGUUAACAUAGGAUAUCAAUUGUUCCAAUCUGAGAUACUUGUUGAAGUACUGCUGCCAUAUUUAUACGUCAAUGUUCUAUUUAUCUUCUAGGCUAUUUUGGCCUUACCAUAUCAUUUAAUACACAGCUCAAUCAUUUCAUGAUA